AUGAAUGAAACCUCCUGCACGUCCAACGGGGAUCGGAUCAGUGUCACCCUAUUGUCUCGUUGUGGCAAAGUGGGCGGAUAGCAGUGUCUCUCCCUGCCCAAUGGCAGGCACGACUCUCAUGAGAGUGGAGAGAGGCACUUUUCUGCCAUGCAAAAUCCCUAAAACCAUCAUCAUUCCGGCUCGGGAACCCACAGUACUGUGUAACAGCCUCCGCUUGCUGAGAGAUGACGGAGCCAAUCUCAGCGCACACACGGCCCUGGGAGCUAGGAGCUGCGUAGAGCCACCGCACCGAAGACACGGAGACGCACAGCAAGUUCUUUUUUGAUCCUGUGCGAAACGGACUUAAAGCCGGGAAUUAAGGGAGUUUUUUCAUCCUGUCCGCGUCGUCUCACUCAAUCCGAGCGUGGCCAUUUGCUCAAUGUCAUCAUGAUCAUCCUCUCGUCGCGCAGUGUACUGCUGUCAGUCUACUAUCCGCAGAUCUUCCUGAUCCUGACGAGUGGCAGCUACCUGGCCCUGUCCUCGGUGGUGGCUCUGGGUGCCAACAUCAUCUGCAACAAGAUUCCGGGGCUGGCACCUCGCCAGCGGGCCAUCUGCCAGAGCCGCCCAGACGCCAUCAUUGUUGUGGGCGAAGGUGCUCAGAUGGGCAUCAAUGAGUGUCAAUACCAAUUCCGAUAUGGACGCUGGAACUGUUCAGCGCUGGGAGAAAGGACAGUCUUCGGUCAGGAGCUGCGAGUAGGCAGUCGGGAAGCAGCUUUCACCUAUGCCAUCACGGCGGCUGGGGUAGCCCACGCCAUCACAGCGGCAUGCAGCCAGGGCAACCUGAGCCAAUGCGGCUGCGACCGGGAGAAGCAGGGUUAUUACAACCAGGAAGAAGGCUGGAAGUGGGGAGGCUGCUCAGCCGACAUCAAGUACGGCAUCGAGUUCUCUCGCCGCUUUGUGGAUGCCCGUGAAAUUAAAAAGACUCCUCGUCGCCUGAUGAACUUGCAUAACAACGAGGCAGGCAGGAAGGUUUUAGAAGAAAGGAUGAAGCUAGAGUGCAAGUGCCACGGUGUGUCAGGCUCCUGCACCACCAAGACCUGUUGGACAACGCUUCCAAAGUUCCGCGAGAUCGGCUACGUACUCAAGGACAAGUACAACGAAGCCGUGCAUGUGGAGGUAGUCCGGGCGAGCCGACUGCGCCAGCCCACCCACCUCAAGGUAAAGCAGACUCAGGGCUACCGCAAGCCCAUGGAGACAGACCUCGUUUACAUUGAGAGGUCGCCCAACUACUGCGAGGAGGAUGCAGCCACGGGGAGCGUGGGCACCCAGGGACGCCUGUGCAACCGCACCUCACCACAUACGGACGGCUGCGACCUUAUGUGCUGCGGUCGGGGCUACAAUACACACCAGUACACCAAAGUGUGGCAGUGCAACUGUAAGUUCCAAUGGUGCUGCUUCGUCAAAUGCAACACGUGCAGUGAGAGGACUGAGGUGUUUACCUGCAAAUAAGGACACAUGGAACUCAGUGCCAGGAAGUGAGGCGCCAAGGACAAGCUGAAUGAGGAAGACCUGCGAGAGCGAGAUGAAAGUGUGUCGUCGACCAGUGAGAGAUUUUCAAGUACAGAAAUGGAAUUUACACUAUCAGCUCUUCGUGGCAUUGUUUUGCACAGCAGAAUCUAUCUAAUUGCUUUUCAGAAAGUAAAUGCUAAAUAUCAGUAGGUAAUACCCCAGAACUUUACGGUCACAUAGAGAUUGUGCUCAUGUACUGAUGUAUCCACAGUGAAGUUGGGACUACAGGUACAGAAUGAGGCCCUCGGUGGGAAAUGUGCUUUGCACUCUGGGAUUUCUAAAUGUUCAAUGCAUGGACACUUGCAUGGAGAGGAACUCGCAGUGACAUAGGAGUUGAUCAAAAUGACAACAGCUGAUGAGGUGACCGGGAGAGAUCUGUCAAGUCUUUGAUUAAAAACUUUUAUGGGUUUUGUCGUAUUUUCACUAAAGGGGAGCAUGAGUUAAUCUUGACACGAACCCCCAAGAUUGAUGGGGCUUAUGUUGGAGGUCUGUAGAAAUGAAGAACAUUUUGUAAGUGUGGUGCGUUGGGGUGCGCCAAAAUCUGAGUGGAGAACUCUGUUAAACCCUCUGCUGCCAACUGGAAUAUGGUGGAGUAUGUUAGUUUUCCAGUCACACUGGAACUGUCUGUUCUGAACACUGAAAAUAAAUUGUCUAUUUAUGUAAUAGUAUCUUAAAACAAAGCACUAACGGGUAGAGAUGUCUUUUUUGUACUAAGUGUAAAGAAAAAUACUUUUUAGAAAUUCUGACUGAAGAUGUGUGUCUAUAGAAGAUGACCCCCCAUCCCUAAAAUACCUAAUCUUUUCUUUUUUGAAAAAAAAGAAAGAAAAUACAAAGUUUCAUUGUUACUGGUGUGUUAACGACAAAAGACAUCGUUACAGUGUGUUUCACAUUCAAACACCUUGGUUCUAUUUUAUUGUAGCAUAGUUUGUUUGCAGUCCCCCCGAGCAAUAACAUCUGUUUGGAUGGUUUUGCAAUUUCAGUUAAGAGAGCAUAGCAAGAAAACACAUUUAACUGCAGAGAUCCUUCCUCAUUUCAUUAACAUGGACAUUAAAAUUGUGCUGGAUGUGUUGUCGAGUGCUACACUUAUAUUUUCUAUUCAGAUACAACUCAUGAGAACUAAAUAAACUCCCAUUUGACUCAGUUUGACAGUUCAUUGCUAAAAUAUAAACUGAAGCUGAACCUUGCAGUCUGCCUUAUUUUUCUUUAGAGUAAUAAUGGUUUAUCUUCAUAUGCUGCUGGACAAGAUUUAUAGUUCAAUGUAUCUUGUUUUUUUUUCUUAACUUAUUCCAAAGCUCACUUGGUUCCAGUGAUUCACAUUUGCUUUCCCUCAUUAGGACUACAGUCAGAUUCUGCUCCUGGCUUAAUUAGCUCUGAAACAACAAUAAAGGAUAAUUCCAUGUUUAUUGGAUCUUAUUUUAAGAAUAACAACGAGACUUCUGUUGGCCAUGGUAUUAUGGACUAUACUUCUAAGACAUGGAAACAUGAACAUGGAAUUAAAGAGGGCAGAGAAAGGUGAGGCUGUAAAACAAUCCAAUGUUUAGACACAAUAUGUGAAGCACCCAUAUGUAACUAAUAAUAAAUUGUUUCACAAAGCGCUUCACCACAAUAAGUACAAUACAGAUUGUUGAAGUUGAACCAGUCUGAUAUGGAUUCUUUUACACCAGACAGAUUAGGAAACAAUUUCACUGAUUUGUUUUCUCUUCCAAAUAACUUCACCAAGGCCAAUUUUUUCAAUGUGUGAGCGUUCCAAAAUCCAACUUGUGAGGCAAAAUUUGUCAUUACUGAUACAAAUAAAAACCACAAAAAUGAGCUGCUGUACUGGAAGUGUACUAACAGAAUCCAUAGAAAAUCCAGACAGUGAAUGUGCAUUGAUGUUGUUAGCCCAUGUAAUUAAGUCCAUAAAUGACUGCUUUUAGGCUAUGACCUGUACACAGAUUAAGGAUUGAGGUGUUGGAAGGUGUAGUUUUUAGAUUUGGAGAAAGUCAAGGUAGCUUUUUCACCUGACUUCUGGUCGCUUAAAGCUCUGGCUUUGACUCGAUGCAGAGAUGCAGGAGUGGCAUCAAUCUUCUCAUCUAACUGUGCUUAAGAAUAUGAACAAAACACAAAAUGUCAAAUUAUUCCUGUAAUCCACUGUGUCAAAGCAGAAGCUGAGCAACCUGAGGGUAACGAUUCACUUUGGUUUGAAAACAUGGAGUGCUUCGUGGCACUUUAAAAUACAAUUACUUUACUUUUUGGCUUAUUUAUGUUGUUGUCGUCUCUUCAGUUUGUACAAGUCGUGAUUUCUCCAGGAAGCAUAGGCCAGUUUAUGUAUUGGUUUACAUAUUAAAUAUUAGAAUGUAGAAAAAACUUGCACAUUAAUAUCCAUACAUUGUAGAGAUUUAGUGACUGAUAGGGCCUAGUCUUGCACUAUGCAUGAUUGGUGCUGUUUAAUAUGUAACAUUUAGUCAGUCUUAACUUAUUCUAUUUCAGAUGGAUCAAAGACAGCUGUCAUGUAAAUACUUGUGCAUAUUUACUCAGUUAAAUAACUUAUUAUUUUAACAUAUCUAGCAAAUAUUCUCAUUCUGACAUUUAUGUUCUUCUGAAAUAGAUUAAAAUAACUCCAGCUGGAGCCAUUUAAAUAAAAAAAAAAAACUGUUUCAUUUGACAAGGAUGCAGAUACAUUUUCCAAAAAUAAAAAGCUGACAUCUCUGAUUUAAUGAUGAAUUGUGUUGUGAAACAUACAAGAAAGCUUAUCCUUGAACCCAGAGUCCACAUUUUUCAUUUUAUUGCUGUUGGUACAAGAACGUUCAUGCUCAGUGUUCAGUUGCCCAUAUUAACUGUUCCAACAAACAUCCAAAGCUAUUAUUUUCCUAAAUGUUCUCCCUUCGAAGAAAAACACACACAUUAAAUCAGUUCAUUGUGUGUGUCCAGGUUUGCAGCUUCAUGUAGAAGUUGGUUAUUCAACCACUCUAACUGGCAAAUGCAUUAGGAAGCAUAAAUCAUUAAAAUAAGGAUAAAUAAAGCGAGCAAUGUGCUGACUUUGAUGCUGGUUUGUACACAGCACAUGUUCGUAAUAUGCUGUGGUCUCCUGUCUUGAUUGUGGCACGCAUGGAACAGAAGUCAAUUAUCUCUCCCAGCGUGGAAAGGAGCUUCUUCUGUGUGUGUGUGUGUGUGUGUGUGUGUCUGUGUGUGUCAAGUGAGAUGUGAUCCGAAACACAAAAAGAGAAGGAAAAAACAAGGAGUAGCAGGGAGAUCGGAAAACUAUUAAAAAGCACACACUUAAAUAUCCAAUAUCCCUGUAAAAAUGUGAUUAUUCCUCAAACUGAAUCAGAACUGGGUUUUAUUUGAGGAUGAAAAGCUUUUUUUCUUCAGAUUAAUUGGGGCUGUCUGACUUUGGUGAACAAACAACAGUAAAUCCCACAGCACUCUUUUCCUCAUCCCUUUACAUAUUUUCUGUUAAAGUGCAGUUUUAACAGCGUAUAGCACGAUAUGGUACAAUUCACUGAACUAAACGGGGAUUUAGCAUGCAGGAUGAAAGAAUAACUGGGCUCAACACUUGAGCCUCUCACUCUUUUCUGUGUUGGCAGAGCCGUUCAGAGUCACUAAAUGGGGAGACAGCCUUCAUGCAAAUGACCUGAUGUGAAUAGGAAGUGGCUCAGUGUGCCUCUUGUUUUUAGACACACAAACAAGAGUGUAAUUCUUUCGCGAGGGUGUUUUUUAAGAUGGAUGGGAUGGCUUGAUGAAAGGAGGUGCAUGUGUAGCCGGAAACUGCAAGUGAAAAGAGUGGUUAUUUAGGAGAGGGGCUAAUUGAGAGUGGUUUGGAGAAAGAGUGGGUACACUAUAUAAGUAGGAGCAGCUGUCGGAGCGAGUUGGGGACUGUGUGCAAAGCGUAGUAAAAAGAAUAUUGUGAAAGAGUGCUCAGCUUGGGGAAUCGUUUAAUGACAGCUAACUUGUCAUUUUCGCUUGUUUCGGUUUUCAAAGUGAUGCAGUCUGUCAGUGGGAUUCUCUGAUUUUUCAUUGAUGUUUACUGUUAAUGCUGCUCAUCACAGAAAAUGAAAAAGCUUAGAAGUUUACAGACGGCAGAUUUCACUGAAGAGGUGAGAAAUUUGAAAAUCAGACGUGAUCAGUGUCAGUGGUUUCAUCCAACUCUUUCCAUGAAGGGGUUCUGUGAAAGAGAGCCACGCUACUUCGUCCAUUUGCUGGACGCUCACACUCGUCCUCCUGUAUGUGAAAAGCAUUGUAGGUAGGCAGCAGAGCAGAAGUAAGAUGUGUUUUGUUAGUUGUCUGAAGCCCAGGGGACCGGAACCACAUAAGCUCCCCAUACUAUGCCCUGGAUUGAGAAAAAUAAAUCCAUUUGUUUCUGACAAACAUUUUGUCAUUAAAAAUAUGAGAUAGAAAAACA